UCAAGUGUAGCGAAAGAGCCUUUACUUUGUUUACGUGCCGUUAGCUGACAGCUGUUGUCGCUCUUUAUUGCUAACUCAGCAUUGUGUGACGUUUUCUUGCACACCGGAAAUCAGAAAGCCACGUAUCUGUGCCUGUCGAUGAUGGGAUGUUUAGUUGAUUGAGGUGCAGCCCGCUAUAGAUGCCGACGGGAGGAUGAGCUCCAUCAGCGGUCGGGUUCUUGCCGUCCCUGCCAACUCUGGAGCUUCAUCAUCCCGAGCUUUGCACGUCGAGCUCACGUCCCAGCAGAGACGAUUGCGUCAUCUCCGGAGCAUUGCUGCAAGAAACAUUGUCAAUAAGAAUGGUUCCCCCCUGCUGGACACAUACUUCACUCUGCACCUCUGCAUAGGAGAGCGGAUAUCUAGUGAUUUUUACAAGAGUGAAGUCAUACGUGACUCACUGAAUCCUACCUGGCGGAGUCUGGACUUUGGUAUGUUGCCGGACCUUUUGGAUACCUCGGUGUCUUGCUUCGUGGUGAGAAUUUGGGGAGGACAAGAAGAACAGUACCAGCUCCUGAUAGAAUGGAAAGUCAACUUGGACGGCGUCAGAUACGCGGGACAGCAGAUACGAUCCAGGAAUCCCAAUGAGAUCAUAUUUGGGUUGAACGAUGGCUAUUAUGCAGCAGACUUCGAUCAUAAGGACCAGUCGGAGCGGAAGAAAAAUAGUCUGCUUCAGGUUGACCAAAGCUCAGUCAGGAAUUCCUACAGUGUCUUCUCGCUGCUAAGGCUCCACACAGCCCAGCGAGCCAUCAAGCAGACCCAGGUAACGGUACAGAUGAUCGGGAAGGAGAUCGAGGAGAAACUGAGAACAACUGCAACAUGCACCGUGCGGAAGAAAGAGCGUGAGUUCAUGCAACUGCGUUUAGCCGUGCUUCGUAGUGAGCUGCAGCGGCAGAGGAAGGCUCUUGGCAGAGAGAGGGGUCUGUGGCAGAAGGACAGGGCGCAGCUUCAGAAGAAAGAGGAGGUGUUUGCCACACAACAUGAAAGUCUAAAGGAGGAGAAAGAAUCAUUAACCAUGCUUCAUAAGGAAUGUACCGCCAAGAGAGAGCAGCUCCUGAAGUCCAACGCCCAGCUCAACAUCCGAUGCCGUCAGCUUCUCUCCGAGCUUUCCUACAUUUACCCCAUCGAUGUGGAAAAUCAGUCAGAUUAUGUUAUCUGUGGAGUCAAGCUACCAAAUUCUGAAGACUUUCAAGCAAAGGACGACGGGAGCGUGGCGGUCGCCCUGGGUUAUACGGCACACUUGGUCUUGAUGAUCUCGUGCUUCCUGCAGAUCCCUCUUAGGUAUCCAGUAAUCCACAAGGGUUCACGCUCCUCCAUCAAGGACACCAUCACAGACAGACUGACUGAAAAGGAAAGAGAGUUCCCUUUGUAUCCCAGAGGAGAGCGGUUUCAUUUUGAAUAUGGUGUCUACUUGCUCAACAAGAACAUUGCUCAGCUGAGAUAUCAGCACGGUUUGACCACCCCGGACCUGCAGCAGACGCUGCCCAAUCUGAAGAACUUUCUGGAACACGGCUUGCUUGUCAGAUGUGACCGACACCAUGUCUCCAGUUCCAUCCCAGUACCAGCCAAGUCUCACCUUGGGGUGCCUGUUGCCUCGGAGGUCACCUGCCCCCGCCACACCGUCUCCCCAGACCGGGGCCUGAGAAAGAGAGCGAGCUCGGAGGCUGACAAGAACAAGACAAAUCCUCCUCGCUAUGACACCUCUGUGGGGGCGGGGUCAUCCACGACAGCAACGCCGUCGUCUCCACCUAAACUCCUGUCUUCAUCUCUGGACGCCGCCAUGGCCUCACUUGACCUUACGGAGCCGCCUUCAGUGGAAGAGGAGGAAGAGGCGGAAAUGGAGACGGGUCGCGAUUCAGCGGCGGAGGUGGAGCGAUGCAGCAGCACCGACCGAGACAUCGAAGUCGACAAAAAUGAAACUGAAGCAAAACUGCCCUCUAGCACCGCGGCACCCAGUUCUUCAACACUAGGGGGCGAUGGUGGCGGCGAUACGACGGCAACGAGUCAGCACACGGGAGUCAUGAACGGCUCUUUGGUUCCCGGUUUGCGCUGCUCCGUGGAGCAAGCGGAGGAGAUCAUGGGGACGGAGGCUACCAACCUGGGAAUGGGACUCGGGGGGGACUUGGGAGUGGCAGAGGAGACCAGGUUGUCGGAGUACCACUGCAUCCAAGUGGACCAGGCGGUGGCCGUGGAAUGCGAUGAGCAGGUUCUGGGGGAGCUGGACGUGGCCGGAUUUGAGGAGUUUUCCAGACGCAUCUACGCACUGAAUGAGAACAUGUCAAGCUUCCGGCGACCACGCAAGAAUUCCGACAAGUGAGGAACAUAACUGGA